AUGGGCCUCCUCACCAUCCUCAAAAAGAACCGCCAGAAGGAAAAGGAGAUUCGUCUGUUGAUGCUCGGUCUCGACAAUGCCGGCAAGACCACCAUUCUAAAGCGAAUCAACGGCGAGGACAUUGACACCAUCUCUCCCACCCUCGGCUUCAAUAUCAAAACCCUCGAGCACAACGGGUUCAAGAUGAACAUUUGGGAUGUUGGUGGACAAAAGUCGAUUCGUUCAUACUGGAGAAACUACUUUGAGCAAACGGACGGUCUUGUCUGGGUGGUAGAUUCUGCAGACAGGUUGCGUCUGGAUGAUUGUAAAAAAGAGCUGCAUGAGUUGCUCCAGGAAGAGCGUCUUUCGGGUGCAUCACUGCUGGUGUUUGCAAACAAGCAGGAUCUCCCUGGAGCAUUAACAGACGACCAGAUCCGAGAGGCACUUGAACUGGAUUCGAUUGCAACCCAUCAUUGGGCUAUCCUCGGAUGCAGUGCAAAGACAGGCGCGCACCUUCUCAAGGGCAUGGAUUGGGUUGUAGGCGAUAUCGGAUCUAGAAUCUACCUCCUCGAUUGA